AUGGCUGCCCAAAUUUCCACCGUCGCGGAGAGCAAGGAGCUCCGAGGCCUUAACCUCAUCGCCGCUCAUUCGCAUAUCAGAGGUCUCGGUGUCGACAGCGAUACACUACAGCCCCGUGGAUCAUCCCAGGGCCUUGUAGGCCAGGAGAAGGCGCGGAAAGCCGCUGCGGUCAUUCUGCAGAUGGUGAAGGAGGGCAAGAUUGCAGGUCGCGCCGUGCUGAUCGCAGGUCCUCCCAGCACGGGCAAGACUGCGAUCGCUAUGGGUAUGGCUCAAUCGCUUGGCUCCGACGUGCCUUUCACGAUGCUCGCAUCCUCGGAAAUCUUCUCAAUGGAGAUGUCAAAGACGGAAGCUCUAACACAGGCGUUCCGAAAGUCCAUCGGCGUGCGAAUCAAGGAGGAGAGCGAAAUUAUCGAGGGUGAAGUUGUGGAAAUUCAGAUUGAUCGUAGUGUCACUGGGGGCAAUAAACAAGGCAAGCUCACGAUCAAGACCACGGACAUGGAAACGAUUUACGACAUGGGAACCAAGAUGAUUGAUUCGAUGACAAAGGAGCGUGUGAUGGCAGGUGAUGUGAUUUCCAUCGACAAGUCUUCCGGCAAGAUCACCAAGCUCGGUCGUUCAUAUGCUCGUUCGCGAGACUACGACGCUAUGGGCGCGGACACCAAGUUCGUUCAGUGCCCCGAAGGCGAACUCCAGGUCCGGAAGGAGAUCGUCCAUACCGUCAGCCUGCACGAAAUCGACGUUAUCAACUCGCGAUCACAAGGAUUCCUGGCUCUCUUCUCUGGUGACACUGGCGAGAUUCGUAGCGAGGUUCGCGACCAGAUUAACACCAAAGUGGCCGAGUGGAAGGAAGAGGGCAAGGCAGAGAUCAUUCCCGGUGUUCUGUUUAUCGAUGAAGUUCACAUGCUCGACAUCGAGUGCUUCUCCUAUGUGAACCGUGCCCUCGAAGCCGAGCUGGCACCUAUCGUCAUCAUGGCCAGCAACCGCGGCCAGGCCAAGAUCCGCGGAACCAGCUACACCUCUCCUCACGGCUUGCCCCUUGACUUCCUUGACCGUGUGGUUAUUGUGAGCACACAAGCAUACUCCGCUGAUGAGAUCCGGCAAAUCCUCGCCAUCCGAGCACAGGAAGAGGAAAUUGACCUUUCGCCAGAUGCCUUGGCCCUCCUCACUAAAAUCGGUCAAGAAUCAAACCUCCGCUAUGCCAGCAACAUCAUCACUACCUCUCAUCUCCUGAGCCAGAAGCGGAAGGCCAAGGAGGUCAGCGUGGACGACGUCCAGCGCAGUUUCCGAUUGUUCUACGACCCAUCUCGCAGUGUCAAGUUCGUCAACCAGUACGAACAGCGAUUCAUCGGUGACCAGGGAACGGUCAACUUCUCGGCAGCCACUAACGGCGAUGCCAUGGAGCUUUCAUAA